AUGCUUGGCUUCACCGACAAGCUCAACCCGUCCGUCAGCGUCGACUGGUCGCUCUACGGCGGCGCCGAGCAGACCUCGCCCGCUGCCGGCCGAGCUCCGGGUCCCCGCCACUCGACGGCCGCCGCUUCCUCCUCGUCUGCCGCGGGAUCUUCGGCGUCCUCUCGCUCCGGCUCACCAUCGCUUGUGUCCAACGCGGCCGCAUCCUCUUCGUCCGCCACAUCGGUUCACAGCGACGACACGCCGGAGGGCGAUGGCGACGAAGAUGAGUGGGACGACAAGGAGGGCGCGCAGGUGGCGGAGUUGCUGGGCGGCACGCUCAAGCAGCGCAAGCCGGUUCCCGCGGCGACAGUGACGCCGGCCGAGCAGGCCAAGCAGUGGCUUCCGCCCAUCCUGCCCUCGGCCCAGGACCCGUCCGACUUCCUCUGGAUGCACACCGAGGAGCCGCACCGGUCCCGGCGGAUGGCCAUCCUGCGCGCGCACCCCGAGGUGCGCAACCUGAUGGGCCACGAGCCGCUGACCAAGUACGUCUCGUUUGGCGUGCUGGCGCUCCAGGUCGGGCUGGCCGUCAUGGUGUCGCAGCUCGGGUGGCACCCGCUGAGCCUCAAGUUCCUCGCGCUCGCCUACGUCGUCGGCGGCACGGCCAACCAGAACACGUUCCUCGCUAUCCAUGAAAUCACCCACAACCUCGCUUUCAAGGGCAUCCGCACCAAUCGCGCCUGGGCCAUCCUCGUCAACUGGGCCAUUGGCAUCCCCUACGCCAUGGCCUUCAAACCCUACCACCUCGAGCACCACAAGUACCUCGGCGAGGACGGCGUCGAUACCGACCUGCCCACCAAGCUCGAGCUGCUCUGCCUCAACAACGUCUUUGGCAAGGCCUUCUUUGCCACGUUCCAGAUCCUCUUCUACGCGCUGCGGCCGGGCUUUGUGCGAGCGCAGCGCCCGACGUUCUGGCACUUUGCCAACCUCGUCUCGCAGCUCGCCUUUGACGUCGUGCUGGUGCGGCUGUGUGGCUGGCCGGCGCUCGUCUACCUGAUCGAGAGCAGCUUCUUUGCCGGCAGCCUGCACCCGUGCGCCGCCCACUUUAUCGCCGAGCACUACAUGUUUGGCGGCAUCGCCCAGGAGACGUGGAGCUACUACGGCCCGCUCAACGUGCUGGCCUACAAUGUCGGGUACCACAACGAGCACCACGACUUCCCCUCGGUGCCGUGGACGCGCCUGCCCGCGCUGCGCAAGCUGGCGCCCGAGUUCUACGACAUCCUGCCGCACCACACGUCGUGGCCCAUGGUGACGCUCCAGUUUAUCCUCGGAGCCGAUUCGGGCCUGUUUGCCAGGAUCAAGCGCGCCAACCGCGACGACGAGCGGCGGCAACGCCAGCAGCGGCAGCAGCGGGGACACGACGGCGCCGUCAAGGCGCAGUAG